AUGGAUUUAUCCUCAGCACCCGAUCCAGCUGCUUUGAAGGCUUUUUUAGCCUUUGUCCGUCGGCAAUCACCUUAUUAUCGCGAAAUAUGGCGCGACGUGCCAGAAAACGCACUGCUCGAAUUUUAUCCUGUCACCAAUCUAACCGAUUAUUGGGAGGCGGCCAGGAAGGACGAUGCCGCUUCUUUGCUCACAGGAAGGCACGAGAGUGGUCUGGUAAUUAGAUCGGGCGGAACAUCUGACAAGCCCAAAGUGGUUAGAGUCACCUAUCAAGAGAACGAUGCCUCCAGCCUCCGACUAGCAAGUUUUAUGCGCAUGCUUCGUAUAGGAUCGGACGACAAAAUUGCCAAUCUAUUUUACGUCGGCAACAUGUAUUACAGCUUCCUCGGUAUCCACGACGCCCUUUUGUCACUCCGGGAGGCCAUCAACCUGCCGAUCAGUGGUAACAUGCCUGCUGAAGCUAUUGAGCCGCUGCUGGUGGAGCAUAAACCCACAGUGUUGAUGACAACUCUAUCCGUCGCGAGCAAGUUGGCCGCAGUUAUGAAGAAACGCGGCCGCCAGCCCAUGAGCUCAGUACGCCUUAUCCUAUACGGGGGCGAGGGUCUUUAUGAAGAUCAGAUCGCACCGCUUCAUGAGGCCUUCCCUCGGGCUACGCUGCAAAUGCUUGCGUACGGCGCAAUGGACGGUGGGACUAUCGCCUUCCAACUGGGUAACCUGGUAAGCGUCCAGCAACAGCACGAAAGAGAGCGCGACGUUUACUCAGUAAACUGGCCCGAAACGGUCGUGGAACUGGUCGACGAUGACAACAAGCCCGUUACCACGCCGGGUGUCGAGGGCCGCAUCUUAGUGACCAACCUCGUGCACCGGUUGAUGCCUUUUGUUCGGUAUCCCGUAGGCGACCGGGCCAGCUGGGUUGACCCCAAACGCGGGCUUUUCCGGCUGCUGGGGCGGGACAAAAGCGUGGGCGUACGUCUCUCUGGCAACUCGAUGACAUACAUCGAUAUCCGGCGCGCCGUGACUACCGCCCUGCGCUGUGCGGAGCUGGGCCAUCAGCUCGAGGGGCUUCAAGUUGUUAUCGAGCGUCCUGAGGCCGUGGACCGUAUGCGGCUGAGGGUCGCGGGGGACUUUGGAGGUGUUUCGCCACAUGUUGCAAUGGCGGCGAUUCACGCAGCAGUCAUUACUCUGAAUCCGCCUUUUGAGAUGCAUUUGCGCGAGGGGCUAGUGGGCCCUAUUGUGGUAGAGUUUUGUAACACGGCCGAGCUGGAAUGCAGUCCCCUCAGCGGGAAGGUGAUUGAGGUUCUUGAUCGCAGAUUGCUUGCCCACUAA